GCUGCUUCGGCCUCUAUCCUACUUGUUCCUCUGGUGAACUAGGUUAAUUAAAUCCACAAAAAGAUGCCCAAAUUACUACAAAGCAUCGUCACUGUCAUCGAAGUUUUCUACCAGUAUGCCACCAAGGAUGAGGAGUGUGGCAUGUUGAACAAGGCAGAAAUGAAAGUAUUUUUGGAAAAUGAAUUCCGUCAAAUUAUGAAGAAUCCAGAUGAUCCAGACACUGUAAAUAUCAUCAUGCAAAGUCUGGAUCGAGACCAUAACAAGAAAGUGGAUUUUACUGAGUAUCUUCUGAUGAUAUUCCAGCUGGCUCAGGCUUGUAAUAAAAUCAUCGGCAAAGAUUACUGCCAAGCUUCAGGGUCAAAGCAAAGAGAUCGCAGUCACCAGCACCAAGAGGAACAAGAGGAACAUAGUGAAACAGAAGAGAAGGGCAACAGGCAAGAAUCGUCUUGCAGGCAUUCAAGUUGGAGUGCAGGAGAGAAUGAUUCCUAUUCCAGGGGCUCCAGAGGACGCAUUAAACACAGGCCUCAAUCCAGCUCCAGAAGAGUUGGGCAUCAAGGAGGCUCAUCUAAUUUGGGACACAGGCAAAGCUCUGAGGAAAGAUGGAGAGAGUCAAGCUCGGGCCACUUCAAGGAUAAUAAGAAAAAUAAGUAUGGCUCUCAUCAGCAAGAAAGGUCUGGGAGUGAAGAAGAUGGUUAUACUCAGUCAAAUAGCUAUAGAAAAAGAUCACACUCAGCAAAUCAGUCAGGCGGUUGUGGAGAACAAGGGUAUGGUUCCCACUCAGAGGAUCGGUCUUUCAGUUCUGACCAACAUGGGUCUCACUCAAAUGAAUCUUUAGGAAAUAGACUACAGGAGAAGAAAUCAAAUCAACAUCAUGGAUUCAGCUCAGGGAGUUGUGGAGGACAAGACCACUGGUCAAAUUCAAAUGAGCCCACUGGUUAUGGCCAUGAGUCUGGCUCAGGUCAGUCCUCUAGUCAAAGAAGACAUGGAUCCCACUCAAGUGGUCAGUCAGGACGCCGUGAAAGACAAAAGCAUGGCUCUGGAUCAGGACAAUCCUCUAAUUAUGGAAAAUAUGGAUCUGGCUCUAAUCAAUCUUCUAGUCAGAGAUACCAUGAGCCUAGUUCAGAAUCCAAUUUAGGUGAGUCAUCAAGCUGUGGACAACAUGGAUCUGGGUUUGGUCAGUCUUCUGGCUGUGGGCAAAAUGGGCCUGGUUUAGGUCAAUCCUCUAGUUACGGACAACAUAGUUCUACUUCAAGGCAGUCAUCAAACUUUGGACACCAUGGAACUAGCUCAGGCCAGUCUUCCAGCUAUGGUCAACAUGGGUCUAGAUCAAGUCAGUCUUCUAGCCACAGCCGACAUGGGUCAGGCUCAGGUCAGUCUUCUAGCUAUGGCCAACAUGGAUCAGGAUUAGGCCAGGCUUCCAGCUAUGAACAACAUGGGUCUGAAUCAGGUCAAACCUCUGGCUAUGGCCGACACAGGUCUGGCUCAAGUCAAUCUUCUAGACAUAGCCGACAUAGGUCUGGAUCAGGUCAAUCCUCUGGCUAUGGCCGACACAGGUCUGGCUCAAGUCAAUCUUCUAGCCAUAGCCAAUAUAGGUCUGGAUCAGGUCCAUCCUCUGGCUGUGGACAACACAGACGUAGCUCAGGUCAAUCUUCUAGCUUUGGGCAACAUGGAUUUGGAUCAGGUCAAUCCUCUAAUUAUGGACAACAUGGUUCUACUUCAGGACAGUCAUCAAACUUUGGACACCAUGGAACUAACUCAGGCCAGUCUUCCAGCUAUGGUCAACAUGGGUAUGGCUCAGGUCAGUCUUCCAGCUAUGGUCAACAUGGGUAUGGCUCAGGUCAGUCUUCUAGCUAUGGUCAACAUGGGUAUGGCUCAGGUCAGUCUUCCAGCUAUGGUCAACAUGGGUAUGGCUCAGGUCAGUCUUCUAGCUAUGGUCAACAUGGGUCUGGCUUAGGUCAAUCCUCUAGUUAUGGACAACAUGGUUCUACUUCAGGUCAGUCAUCAAACUUUGGACACCAUGGAACUAACUCAGGCCAGUCUUCCAGCUAUGGUCAACAUGGGUAUGGCUCAGGUCAAUCUUCUAGCUAUGGUCAACAUGGUUCUGGCUCAGGUCAGUCUUCUUAUGGUCAACAUGGUUCUGGCUCAGGUCAGACUUCUAGCUGUGGUCAACAUGGUUCUGGCUCAGGUCAGUCUUCCAGCUGUGGUCAACAUGGGUCUGGCUCAGGUCAGUCUUCUUAUGGUCAACAUGGUUCUGGCUCAGGUCAGUCUUCUUAUGGUCAACAUGGUUCUGGCUCAGGUCAGUCUUCUUAUGGUCAACAUGGCUCUGGCUCAGGUCAGUCUUCUUAUGGUCAACAUGGCUCUGGCUCAGGUCAGUCUUCUUAUGGUCAACAUGGCUCUGGCUCAGGUCAGUCUUCUUAUGGUCAACAUGGCUCUGGCUCAGGUCAGUCUUCUUAUGGUCAACAUGGUUCUGGCUCAGGUCAGUCCUCUAGUUAUGGUCAACAUGGUUCUGGCUCAGGUCAGUCUUCUUAUGGUCAACAUGGCUCUGGCUCAGGUCAGUCUUCUUAUGGUCAACAUGGCUCUGGCUCAGGUCAGUCUUCUUAUGGUCAACAUGGUUCUGGCUCAGGUCAGUCCUCUAGUUAUGGUCAACAUGGUUCUGGCUCAGGUCAGUCUUCUUAUGGUCAACAUGGUUCUGGCUCAGGUCAGACUUCUAGCUGUGGUCAACAUGGUUCUGGCUCAGGUCAGUCUUCCAGCUGUGGUCAACAUGGGUCUGGCUCAGGUCAGUCUUCUUAUGGUCAACAUGGUUCUGGCUCAGGUCAGUCUUCUUAUGGUCAACAUGGUUCUGGCUCAGGUCAGUCUUCUUAUGGUCAGCAUGGUUCUGGCUCAGGUCAGUCUUCUUAUGGUCAGCAUGGCUCUGGCUCAGGUCAGUCUUCUUAUGGUCAACAUGGCUCUGGCUCAGGUCAGUCCUCUAGUUAUGGUCAACAUGGUUCUGGCUCAGGUCAGUCCUCUAGUUAUGGUCAACAUGGUUCUGGCUCAGGUCAGUCUUCUUAUGGUCAACAUGGCUCUGGCUCAGGUCAGUCUUCUUAUGGUCAACAUGGUUCUGGCUCAGGUCAGUCUUCUUAUGGUCAACAUGGUUCUGGCUCAGGUCAGACUUCUAGCUGUGGUCAACAUGGGUAUGGCUCAGGUCAGUCUUCCAGCUAUGGCCAACACAGGUCUGGAUCAGGUCAGCCUUAUAGCCAAUCUGGGUGUGGAUGGAGUCAGCCUUCUAGCUGUGGCCAACACAGAUCUGCCUCUCACCAUAGUCAACAUGGAUCUGGCUCAGGUCUGUGUUCUAGCUCUGAACAAUCUGGGUUUGAAUCUGGUCAGUAUUCUGGCACUGGACAAUAUGGGUCUGGCUCAUAUAGCUCUGAACAAUAUGGCUUUGGAUCUGGUCAGUAUUCUGGCACUGAACAAUCUGGGUUUGGCUCAUCUCACUCAACUAGCUCUGGACAAUAUGGUUUGGGAUCUGGUCACUGUUCUGACGCCGAACAAUCUGGGUUUGGCUCAUCUCACUCAUCUAUCUCCGGACAAUACGGUUUGGGAUCUGGUCACUGUUCUGACGCCGAACAAUCUGGGUUUGGCUCAUCUCACUCAUCUAACUCUAGACAAUGUGGUUUUGGAUCUGGUCAGUGUUCUGACACCGAACAAUAUGGUUAUGGCUCGUGUCAUUCACCUUGCCCUAAACAAUGUGGUUCUGGAUCCAGUUGGUGUCCUAGCUAUGAGCAACAUGAAUUACAAGGAAGAUGUGGGUUAAUUUUAAUUGGUACUCAUGAUGAGGACAGUAAACCCAAAAUAGGCUCAACUCCCAAUCAAUCAAGAAGAAAUAGCCAGGAACGGUCAGGGUACAAUGAAGAAGAAAGAAGUAGUGAGUCUGAGAGAUACGAGAGUAUUCAUGGACAAAGACAAGCAGAAAGCUCCUUGAGUUGUGGCUUUGGACAACCUACAGCCAACACACCCAAUUUAGUGUUAAUGUUCAAGGAGGAUAAUAGACAAGAUGGCCAUUAUUAUUAUCAGACAGAAGGCGAUAACUGUGGAGAUGGAAGCACCAACUCAAGUUCCCACAGUUUCAGUAGCAGCACUCCACUCUAUAAAUAUGUCCAAGAGCACAGGUGUUAAUUCUAAUGAUGAAUAAUAAACAGAAGUGAAAUUAACUCAAGUAGUAAUUUAAAAAAUAAGAAACUAUAACAGACAAGCAACUUAUUAUAAAGCAUCUUUCUAAAAGUGAAUGUAUUUGUUUCUAUCUUUUUCAUUUGACUGCAUUCUAUUCAUUGUUAUUGGGUUCCUUCCAAAGAAUGUAGGGUAUGUGGGCUACAUUGCUAGGAAAUCCUGAGCUGAAUAAAUAAUGUGUGGGACUAAAUUUAGAAGCAUAAUAUAAAGUAUUUAUGGAGCCUAGGGUUUAGUUAAGGUGUCUUUUUGAGAGUUCACUACUCAUUAUUUAUGCCAAACUAAGCCUGCAUCUUUAAAAAGCAAAAAAUUAUAUUACCAGUUCUGGAGCCAAAGCUUCUCUUACAUCAAUGUAAACCAUAAUUUUUGGUGUGCCCCACAUUGGAUGGUAGCAGAAAGAAGAUCCUAAAAGCAAAGAUGUAAUGUAGGAAGUUUCCCAGUUUAUGAAAACCAUCAAGCCCUUAUUCUCAGGUGCAUCUUUCAUCAGUAACCUACAGCGUCAUUAAAAAGUGGCACCAGGUGUUUGUUUCUCCCUAGCCAGUGAGUGAGAGCAUUAUUUCUUAAACAGCAGAGAUGGACCAGUUCAGGAUUAAGAAAUCCAAAUGAGGGCUCUGACUUGUUUUUAGCAAGAAAGAUGUUGCCCAAGAAUUGCUCUAGGUAAAAACAAAACAAAACAAAACUUUGGAAGAGCAAUACCAUGGAAAUACAAUGGCUCCAACCUAUCUCUAUAGUUCAUUGGCCUUUCCACAUAGGAAAAUAGCCUUUAAACCCAGAGGGAAAGAAAGACUCAUCUGCCACUGCUGUAUAGUUGCUUGGUUUGACUAUAACAUAUUUGUUUCAAAUAACUGGACUGCAUUAAAAUUAACAAUAAAAAAUAAUGAUUAAA